AUGCAGCAUUCCAGGCAAACCAAUUAUCCUAACUGGGAUAAAAAAGAAAGUGCAGAUCACAGAAGAUGCGACGGUGCUGAUAAGAGAAAGAGGAGAUCAUUAAGUGGUGCACAGAACAAGCACUGCAAACACGAUCUUUCUAAGCUUCCUGACAGUACCUGUUCAGAAACCAAAUCUGUAAAUGAAAGAGACCAUCACGAACGACGCUAUGUUGAAGAAUACAGAAAUGAGUACAAUCAAGGAUGUGAUACUGGGCAUCACAGCAGCAAAUCAUCAGGUCAUAGUGGGACGAGUGGUUACAAAAGGAAAUACAAGACACAUCACACUACCUGUUAUCAUCAUCAUUCACAGAAGAGUCAUCGAAGGAAAAGAUCCAGGAGUGUAGAGGAUGAUGAGGAGGGUCACCUGAUCUGUCAGAGUGGAGACGUACUAAGUGCAAGAUAUGAGAUCGUUGCUAUUUUGGGUGAAGGUGCUUUUGGGAGAGUAGUGGAAUGCAUCGAUCACAAAGCAAGAGACAGACAUGUAGCUGUGAAAAUAGUAAAAAAUGUUGAUAGAUACUCUGAAGCAGCUCAUGCAGAAAUACAAGUGCUGGAACAUUUAAAUGCAUCGGAUCCCAGCAGCACCUAUCGCUGUGUCCAGAUGUUAGAAUGGUUUGAGUACUAUGGACACGUCUGCAUUGUUUUUGAGCUACUGGGGCUCAGCACCUAUGACUUCAUAAAAGAGAAUGGCUUUCUGCCAUUUAGGCUGGACCACAUUAGACAGAUGGCGUAUCAGAUCUGCAAAUCUGUGAACUUUUUGCAUCUGAACAAGUUGACACAUACAGAUCUGAAACCGGAAAAUAUUUUAUUUGUGACAUCUGACUAUGUAGAAGAGUACAACCCCAAACUAAAAUGCGACGAACACACACUAAAAAAUCCAGACAUCAAAGUUGUGGACUUUGGGAGUGCAACAUAUGAUGAUGAGUAUCAUAGCACUUUGGUGUCUACAAGACAUUACAGAGCUCCUGAAGUUAUCCUAGCACUGGGCUGGGCACAACCAUGUGAUGUCUGGAGCAUAGGAUGUAUUCUUAUAGAAUACUACCUUGGAUUCACAGUAUUUCCGACUCAUGACAGCAAAGAACACCUGGCAAUGAUGGAGCGCAUACUGGGGCCUUUGCCAAACCACAUGAUAAAGAAAACCAGGAAACACAAAUAUUUCCGUCAUGACCGACUGGAUUGGGAUGAACACAGUUCUGCUGGCAGAUAUGUCUCAAGGCGUUGUAAACCACUGAAGGAAUUCAUGACCUGCCAUGAUUCUGACCAUGAGAACCUCUUUGACCUCAUUCAAAAGAUGUUGGAGUAUGACCCAGCCAAGCGCAUUACUCUUGAAGAAGCACUGAAACAUCCUUUCUUCUUCCCAUUGAAAGAGGAACAAAGGGCGCUGUCUCCUACUGCUGAGCAGGCUAACACUGAUGUUAGUCCACCAAAGAAACAUAAAAAAUGUUAA